AUGCCUCCGGUAGAGUCUGACUUGUCAGAGGCUGGCUGCCAGAAGGGACCAGGCAAUGCGGACCGCUGUGAUUCUGGACUUCGCCGUCUUUCCUAUUUGAAGGACAAAAGAGCACGUAGAAAACAGCAGGGCUUGUGCGUGGACUGUCGAAAUAGAGUUGAGGAACGCGACAGAACUCGGUGCGAGAAAUGCCGUGCUCGACGCUCGAAGUAUGAUCGCUUCAGCCGGUUAAAGAAGAUAGAUCAGAGGAAAAGAUUGGAAAAAGAGGACCAAUGCAUCGAGACAGGGUGCCAGAGCAUCGUACAGCAAGCAGAUAAGGGAGAGGUAAAUCGCUGUGAAGAAUGUCGGGUUGGACGCCAGAAUGCCAGUCACAAGCAUCGACGGCUGCAGCAAGGUGUUGAAGCACACAGCGAGCAAGAUACGCGUGUAUCACAUUCUCAAACAAACACAUCGCAAGACGAACCUGACUUCUUGUCCUUACUUUCGCCGCUUUACUCCGCGUCUUCGCCUUCUACUUCAGAAGCGCACAAGAGGUUCAGAGAAGCCACGGAUCGAGAAUAUCGAGCUCUCAUGAAUCGGUAUCGGGAGGACUGUCAGAGGAGAUGGGAUGCGGAGCAGGAGAAGAAAGCCUCGAGGCGCUAG